AUGCCCUCAUUGCGCAGAAGAACAAAAAUAGAGGCUGAGAAUGCAGAACCCAAAGACGAGUGUUCUUUCUUCUCUGAGUUGUCAUCUGGCUCUGAAGAAGAUAACAAGGAAGAUAGCAUUUGGGAACCUCAGAAGAAAGUCACCAGAAGACAGUUGGCUUCCAAGGGAUCCAAACGGAAGCAGGGGCCUAGGGUGAAGAAGAGCUCCCAACAGGUGGAUGACAUAUCAAAAGAUGUGGCUGUUAAGGAGGAGUUGAACAGCCCAGUGGCUAUUGUUGAUGUUGAUUUGGAAGAGAAAAAUCACAAGUUGCGUACGACAAAGACUCUGAAAACUGCAGCAAAAAAGCAAAAAAACCCAGGCCAGACGGCUGUAAAAAGGUUGAAAGUUGAUGAGGAAACCAGCCAAGCCAGCCCCUUUGAGGGUAGAGGCAGUAAUGUGGAGACCCCCUCAACAAGCGUGUGUGGAGAUGUGUGUAAGAAGGAGGAGAUCGAGGACAACUUCACGUUUGAGCAGUCCCCGGUAAAGAGGAUGAAGACUGAGUCACAUCCUCAGGGGAGGCCCGCCAGGCUUCCCGGUGCCAGCGACGUGAAGGAGGAGGUGGAGAUGAACUGGGACAUGGUGCAGGUUUUAUCUGAGAGAACUAAUAUUGAACCUUGGGUUUGUGCCAACAUUAUCCGCCUCUUUAAUGAUGACAACACAAUCCCCUUUGUUGUACGCUAUCGAAAAGAGCUCAUUAAUAACCUUGAUGCUGAUUUCUUAAGAGAAGUUCGUCAAACCCUAGAUGAGCUACGGGAUGUUGCAAAGAAGGUUCAUAGUAGAAUCCAGAAAAUUAAGAAGGAGGGGAAGAUGUCUGAGUGCUUGCUACAAGCCUUGUUGAACUGUAAAACAUUUGAAGAACUAGAGCAUGUGUCUGCUCCAUAUAAAACGGGGAGCAAGGGCACCAAAGCCCAGAGAGCAAAACAGUUGGGGCUAGAAGGAGCAGCGUGGACUCUGCUGGAGAACCCGGGGCAGCUCAACCUGCUGUCUUACAUCAGGCCUGAUGUUAAAGGCCUUUCUGAGCUCAAGGAUAUCGAAACAGGAGUACAGCAUAUUUUAGCAGACAUGAUUGCUAAAGACAAAGAUACACUCGACUUUAUUCGGGACUUGAUUCUGGCCAUUAACCGAGGAGAGAAUUUGAAGAUACUGACAGUCAAGGUCAACAUUGCUGAUGGAGUGAAGAAUGAAUUCUGUCGGUGGUGUAUACAAAACAGGUGGAGGCCACAUGGCUUCGCACGGCCAGAGUUAAUGAAGAUCUUACAUAAUUCACUGGAUGACUCCUUUAAACGCCUCAUUGUUCCUCUCCUCUGUAGAGAGUUCAGAGCCAAACUGACAUCAGAUGCAGAGAAACAAUCAGUAAUGAUGUUUGGACAGAAUCUCCGCCAGCUUCUUUUAACAAGUCCGGUACCAGGCCGUACCCUGAUGGGAGUAGAUCCUGGCUACAAACAUGGAUGCAAACUAGCCAUUGUUUCUCCUACUAGUCAGAUACUUCAUACUGAUGUGGUUUAUUUGCACUGUGGACAAGGCUUCCGAGAGGCAGAGAAGAUCAAGAGGCUUUUGCUGCAUUUCAACUGCAGCACAGUGGUGAUUGGAAAUGGAACUGCCUGCCGGGAAACUGAAGCUUACUUUGCUGACCUGAUAAUGAAAAAUUACUUUGCACCACUGGAUGUUGUUUACUGCAUCGUCAGUGAAGCAGGGGCCUCUAUCUACAGUGUCAGCCCCGAAGCUAACAAGGAGAUGCCAGGGCUAGACCCUAACUUGAGAAGUGCAGUUUCCAUAGCAAGGCGUGUUCAAGAUCCAUUAGCUGAGCUAGUGAAAUUUGACCCAAAGCACAUUGGAGUUGGAAUGUAUCAGCAUGAUGUAUCCCAGACAUUACUCAAGGCAACACUGGACAGUGUUGUAGAAGAAUGUGUCAGCUUUGUGGGAGUGGAUAUUAACAUCUGUUCUGAGGUUUUGUUAAGGCAUAUUGCAGGACUUAAUGCCAAUAGAGCCAAAAAUAUUAUUGAGUGGCGAGAGAAAAAUGGGCCUUUCAUCAACCGAGAACAGUUGAAGAAGGUAAAAGGGCUUGGUCCAAAAUCCUUCCAGCAGUGUGCUGGCUUCGUCAGAAUCAACCAGGAUUACAUCCGGACAUUCUGCAGUCAGCACACUGACUCUUCAGGCCAGAGCCAGGAAGCUGCCAUGGUCACGAAUGAGAAGCUGGGCAAAAAGAAGAACAAAGCAGAUGUCACCUUCGUACCAAACCCACUGGACCAGACUUGCAUCCAUCCGGAAUCCUAUGACAUAGCAGCCAGGUUUUUAUCAUUCAUUGGGGGGACACUGUGUGAGAUUGGAAAGCCUGAAAUGCAACAGAAAAUAAAUUUAUCUCUUGGGAAAGAAGGCAUAGAGAAAACUGCUGAAAGAUUACAGACAACUGCACACACCCUGCAGGUCAUCAUAGAUGGUCUGAGCCAGCCCAAAACCUUUGACAUCCGAACAGAUUUUGAUAAGCCUGACUUCAAGCGAAGCAUAGUUUGUCUGGAAGAUCUGCAGGUUGGGACAGUUCUUACAGGCAAAGUGGAGAAUGCCACCCUGUUUGGAGUUUUCGUGGAUAUAGGCGUGGGAAAGGCAGGGCUGAUUCCUAUCCGGUUCAUAACAGAAGCAAAGCUAUCUAAAACAAAGAGGAGAAGGAGCCUAGGCCUCGGCCCUGGAGAAAAAGUGGAGGUGAAAGUCCUCAGCGUUGACAUUCCCCGAUCUAGGAUUUCUCUCGACCUUCUCCGGGUAUUGUGAGUGUCCCACUGAAGGCCAAAUACCAAGGCACUCCCUCAUUUCUCCAGCCUGAGGAAGAUGAGCCAGAGCUCAUGGAACCUAGAGAGCAAAUGAGAGGGGCUCCUGGAUAGAAGUAUUUAUCACACUAUCCUGACUUCUACAAAGACCAGUGGACGUCCUCACCGGCGUCCUACAGCAGCAGUCUCUGUCUUCAUAAUUCCUCAUUGGUCACACUCUCUACAGCAGGUGGCUUCACAUUCUCCUGCUAACGUCUGCUGCCUUAGACUUGGGUGGGUUGUCUUGCUUAUUAGAAAUGUGUGGUGUUGAUUGACACAUUAAAACUAGUGGUCUUUAAUGCUGCCAUUUUAUUGAGGUAUUAUUAGCAUUUUUGCUCAUAAUUUAUACUUUUGGAAUAAUCUUUAUUUUCCUUAGCAAACCAAGUAAAAAUAUACUAGUAAAAGAUUAUCAUGUAUUUAUGACCCAUCAACUGAAUCAUUUCAGUGUGUUCCUCAGAACAUGUGUGUUGACCUCUACAAUAAAUGACUGGCUGGUGA